AUGCAAGCAGCUACCCAGAAGCAUCGGAAUUUGAACGAGAUUCCCGUUGAACUACUCAUCCCCGUCUUUGUAUACCUGGCUGCAUCGCGAGAGCAACUGUCCUGCCUCAGGUCUGGUCGCCAACAUCCCGAUGGAAUUGCACUGCUACAUGUUUGCAAGAAAUGGCGACAAAUCGUCCUCAGCACGCCUCGAAUAUGGACAUCAAUCAUGGAGGAUAUGAGCCCUCACCUAAUCAAUCUCGCAUUGGACUGUUCGUUGGAAGGCUCCCUCCGGGUUUUUCUUCGUCUUGGAAAUAAUGUUUGGAAAGUCCCCGAAUAUCAAUCAGCCAUAUCGAGGCUCUGCGCUCAAAUGCAUCGCAUCAGUCUUCUCGAUAUUCAACUGCGCCACGAUUCGUCGACGUCAUUACCACAACUUUGCGAGAAGCAAGCACCGCUUCUCGAGCGUCUCCGAAUCGAAAAUCGCUUCUCUAUGUGGCAGCCAGUUCCCAUCCCUACGACCAUAUUUGGCGGGGUACGCCCUCCCCGACUUCGCCACCUAUUCUUAAGGUUCUGUCAACUUCCCUGGGAUUCGUCUCUAUUCCAAAAUCUGCAAACCCUUGUCCUUGAGCAGAAACUCCAGAGCCUCGAUCCCGCGCAACUUCUGGAUUUCCUUCGCGCUACUGCCAGCUCGCUUGAAAUUUUGACGCUGAGCGAAGGGCUACCAACACGAUGGCCAGCUAGCGUGAUGGAGGACACAGUGGCCCUUCCUCUCCUGCGAGAGCUGCGCCUGUUGGGUAGCAAUGUUGACGCAUGCACUUGCUUAUUACGCUCCGUUGCCUGCAGUCUUUCCUUCUUGUCCAUCCGCGCUGGAGUCACGGAAUCGGACUUUGCAGCGUUCUUCGACACCUCCGCCCACCGCCUUCGCGGCUCCAUCGACACGUUGAAGAUCGAUGGUGAUUAUGUCGAAAACUUCCACUUGGAAGGCUACGUCACCACUGCUGGAGUGCGACAUUCGGUAUUCAAUAUCAUCAUAGUCCAGGCAGGUGACGGCUAUCACGAAACGCCACCCUCAGAGUCCGUCGUAGCUGGGUUGAAUCGUCUCCCUGUAUCUGAGGCUCGUGUACUGUACCUGGCCGGCGGCCACCACGUGCUGGAGGAUCAUGUUGUAUCCUCCCUGUACGCCAACCUAUCCAAAUUACGUAUCCUCGAUGCGGCGUAUGUACUACCUGGCGACAACUUCAUGAAGGCUUUCGGCGGGCCCGUACUGCCGCCCAUCCCUUUCCCGUAUUUAGAGAGGAUCCAAGUCCCGCAGGAGAGUCUACCUCACGCUCAAGCCGUCGCGGAUGCCCGAAAGUCGGCUGGAGUCCCCAUCAUCCUCGAAGCACGAGAUCCAUAUGCAGCACCUCCCACUGACCUACACGAUUACAUAGCAUGCUUGACAUGCUCCCAAAGGGAUUUGGGCUGGACCAAUUGA